GUGAACGUAGUUUAUUUUUUAGUUAACUUCAUCCUUGACAUGUCCUUAAUUUCAACUACAUGUCACAUAUUAUUUUUAUCUUUAGAUUCUGAAAACUGUAUACUAUAUAUGAAUUUUACAUUAUAAAAAUAGUUUUAAACGGAUUAUCCAAACCAAACCAAACUGAGCCCAAAAAAUUAGAAAUAUUCAAAUAGAAUUAAAAUAUUUAACCUCGAUAACCUGAAAUCUGAAAAUAUUCGAACCGGAACACGAACUCACCACCAAGAGUUAUAAUAAUUUUGUUUUUAUGUUUUUUUUUCUCCGAAGAAUUAUCUCAUAUUACAUAUGUUACAUGUUUGACACUCGUCCAUCUCGUUUGACACUCGUCCAUCUCGUUUGACACUCGUAUAAUGGAAACGGAAAUGAAACGCUUGAGAGACUGGGAACGAUUGGGUUGUUGUCAAACUUCAUGGUGUAUCUAACCAGAGUGUUCCAUUUAGAACAAGUCAAAGCUGCAAAUGUCAUCAACAUUUGGUUUGGUUUCACCAAUCUCACACCUCUCGUCGGCGCUUUUAUCUCAGACGCUUACGUCGGUCGUUUCAAGACCAUCGCUUUCGCGUCAUUCGCCACCCUCCUCGGACUAGUGACAUUGACACUCACAGCAUCGCUUCCUCAACUCCACCCAGCAACAUGCAUUAGCAAAGACUCAGUCAGUUGCAGCGGUCCGAACAAGCUCCAGUUCGGGACUCUGUUCUUAGGUCUCGUUUUCCUUUCAAUAGGGACAGGAGGAAUAAGGCCAUGUAGCAUCCCUUUUGGAGCUGACCAGUUUGACCAACGAACAGAGGAAGGUGUUAAUGGAGUGGCUAGUUUCUUCAACUGGUAUUACCUGACUUUCACUGUGGUUCUGCUUAUUACACAGACCGUCGUUGUGUAUAUUCAGGAUCAAGUCAGCUGGAUCAUCGGCUUUAGUAUCCCUACUGGACUCAUGGCUUGUGCGCUGGUUAUUUUUUUCGCUGGAAUGAAGCUUUACAUCUAUGUUAAACCUGAAGGAAGUAUAUUCUCCAGUAUCGCUCAAGUUAUCGUGGCAGCUCGUAAGAAGCGAAAGAUGAAGCUCUCGGCGGAAGAUGACGGCACAGUGACCUACUAUGACCCUCCCGUUAAAGAUAGCGUUUUACACAAGUUACACCGAAGUAACCAAUUCAGAUUUCUAGAUAAAGCGGCGGUAAUAAAAGAAGGUGAUCUAACAUCCGAGGGAGUUCCAGCGAACAAGUGGCGGCUAUGCAGCAUUCAAGAAGUAGAGGAAGUAAAGUGUUUGAUCCGAAUAGUUCCUGUUUGGUCGGCCGGAAUAAUAUCACUCAUGGCAAUGUCACAACAAGGAACAUUCACGGUCUCUCAAGCUUUGAAAAUGGACCGACACAUGGGUCCUAAAUUCGAGGCUCCGGCCGGUUCUCUCUCCGUCAUCUCUCUCCUCACCAUCGGCAUCUUUCUUCCCAUAUACGACCGAGUUUUAGUCCCGUUCCUCCGCCGCAUCACCGGCCAUAAAUCAGGUAUCACACGCCUCCAACGUAUCGGGACAGGGAUCGUUUUCGCGAUCCUUUCCAUGAUCGUUGCCGGCCUCGUGGAGAGAGUGAGACGCACACGCUCCAUCAAGUCCGGUGAUCCUACCGGUAUGACUCCCAUGUCCGUGUUUUGGCUCUCGCCACAGCUAAUUCUGAUGGGACUAUGUGAAGCAUUGAAUAUAAUAGGACAGAUAGAGUUCUUCAACAGUCAGUUUCCGGAUCACAUGAGAAGCAUAGCUAAUGCUCUCUUCUCUUUGUCCUUUGCCGGUUCGAGCUAUCUUAGCAGUUUUCUAGUCACGGUUGUUCAUAAAUUCUCCGGUGGUCAUGACCGUCCUGAUUGGCUAGACAAGAAUCUCAACGCGGGGAAAUUGGAUUACUUCUAUUAUCUGAUCGCGAUUUUGGGUGUGGUUAAUCUGGUUUAUUUUUGGUAUUGUGCUCGAGGAUACCGGUACAAGGUCGGCUUGGGAGAUUUCAAGGAGGAGAAGAGUUAUUCUGAUGUUGAGAUGACUUCCAAAAGCAACAAUUGAUCGAUGCUGUUUCAAUGUUUAUCAUACAUAUGACAAUGUUUCUUACAAUGUGUAAGAACUAAAUUAUAUAAUAAAAUAUAACCCUUUAAAAAAAA